AAGUCAGCCUCGGGCGACGAUCCUGCGCGGAAGUAUUGCUUGACCAAGCUCGAGGAGAUAUUCUGUCCUAUUUUCUUCCGUCACCCUUUCCUGGACGGGAAGAAGGCCACCUCGGGUAACCUAGAGCCCACCAAGCAGGAAGAUCUCACCGAUGAGGAGAAAGAGAAGCUGGAGAUGACUGCGAAACAUUUCGCUGCAGACCUCGAGCAGUGUAUCUUCAACUUGUAUUCCGAUACUGACAAGAACGGGAAGCAUUUCGUGGGAAGCAAGUAUAAGGAGCGUUUCAGGAUGCUAACAUUUAAUCUAAGCAAACCUGAUCGUGUGCUACUUCAUAAGCGCAUAGCUUCAUCGAGCCUCGCGCCAAAUGAACUGUCGACAAUGACUUCUACCGAGCUGGCUGACGAAGAGACAAAGCAGUCCAUCAGGCAUGCUGAAGAGGAAGCGCUGGCUCAUUCUAUCCUCAAGAAACAGGCGCUUCCCCGUGCGAAGAUCACG